AGUUGAGAUUUACUUAAGCCAAGACGCAUCAAGCAAUAAUCCUGUUUUUUUUUAAUUCAAUAAAAUCUAUAUAAUUCUGUAGAAUCAAUCUGAUAACAACAUUUUUAAUAUCAAUAAAUAAUGUGGUAUUUGUUUCAAAAUAGUUAUAAACGAAAUUAGCUAAUUAAUUCCAAUUGGUUGGAGUUGGGGAAUGUAAAAUUAAAGAAUUACUACUAUCAUCGUAUCAACGGAUGUGCGCCCACACCUACACUGCGCUAUGAACAAAUGUUUUUAUCGUGGCUGUUUGCAGUCCGCACUCGAACAAGAAACAACAAUGGAAUUAAACAUCAAGUAGUCACAAGUGAUUCUUAUAAACAUUUUUGAAAUUAAUUAAAAAUUGGUGUUACAAACGUUAUCAACAUUUGGAUAUUUCAAUGUUUCUCUACAAGUGAUGAAAAAUAAGAAAUAUGGAGUCUGCGAAAACGACUUUACAGUUUCACCGCUACAUGCUUUAUCUGAUCCUCGCUGUGCCAAUAAUCAUCACUUGUUAUCAACUGGGCACGAUACGGACAAACAACGAAAUAGUCUUUCAUACGAACGGUAGGACGACUGUUUUAGACCUAUUAUCCAAAUCAACGCCUGUUUUUGUUUCCCAAGGCGAGUAUUUAAUAAAAACGCCGCAAUGCACAAUUCUCGACCUCGAUCCGUGGAAUCCGGACGCGAGGCAUUUCUACAAGAACGAAAGUUAUACAUCCUGCACAUCGCAUCCGCUCUUAACCAGUGUUCACAUGAACGAAAACAAUACCGUCGCCAUUUUAGUGGUCGACAAAAAACUAGUGCCAAAGUACGCCAAAGAUGGCGUUAGUUGUUGCGUCAGCAGUGUCAAUCGUGGCUCUGGCGUCGAAAUAGAUAAUAAAAUUACAUAUACAAAAUGUCGAACAAUAUCAAAUAAUUCGAUUGAAAUCGAUAAUGAUCGUCCGUCUAUGGUAACGUGUCGCAGUUUGAAGAAAAAGAAAGAGGUUUACAAAAAUGUUCACGUUCCCAUUGCGAUAACACCCACGAUACUCAACAAAACACUCAAUUUUAAAUCCUUCGCCCGCCCAUUGAGUGUGUUAUGGGUGGGAAUUGACAGCGUGUCUCGAUUGAAUAUGAUCCGCACCAUGCCGAAAACACGCGCAUUUCUUCUCAACGAUCCUUCAUGGCUAGAAUAUAAAGUAUUUAAUAAAAUCGGGGAUAAUACAUUCCCGAAUUUAAUGGCGAUGCUCACCGGCUUGGAUAAUACUCAGGCGUAUAGCCGCUGCAAUCCGAAAACUCCCGGUGGUUUAGAUAAAUGUGAUUUUAUCUGGCAUCGAUUUUCCGCCCAUAAUUAUGUCACAGCCUAUGCGGAGGACUCUUACGUAAUGGCUACGUUUAACUAUGGAAAAAAAGGUUUUACAACACCACCGGUUGAUUAUUACAUGCGUAGUUAUCAGUUGGCUUGUGGUGAUUUAAAAGCGCGUACAGUGGACAAUUCGCCAUAUUGUACUGGACCGGAAGUAGAUGGCGAGAGAAUAUGGCGUGCGGCAAAGGAAUUCACACGCGUUCAUGGAAAUCAUUCGUAUUUUGGUUUCUUCUGGAUGAAUACCUACAGUCAUCAGCAGUUGAAUACGCCUGGAAGGAUGGAUGCUAAGGUGCAAGCAUAUAUGAACGAUUUAAUGAAACUGGCCGACAAUAACACGGUGAUUAUCUUCCAUAGCGAUCAUGGCAUCCGAUUCGGCAAGAUUCGAAACACACUCACUGGUUAUAUUGAAGAACGAAUGCCGUUUUUGUUUAUGAAGUUUCCGGCGUGGUUCCAGGAACAAUUUCCAGAAGAAUAUAAUAAUUUAAAGCUUAAUCAGGAUAGGUUAAUCACGCCGUAUGAUAUGUACAUGACUCUUCAGGAUAUUUUGCAAUAUUCUGGGUUUGAUGAUGAUAUAACGCAGAGUGAAGGAUGUCAAAAUUGUCAUUCGUUGUUUGCUCCCAUUGAUUUGAAUAGAUCUUGUGCAGAUGUCGCUAUUGCGGAACAUUGGUGUACCUGUUUCAACUAUCGCAAGGAAGAUGGCGCUACUAAACUUGCGCAUAAAGCUGCGCGUUUGCUUAUAGAAAAAAUCGAAAAUAUUACUGCGGAGAAGAAUGCAACGUCAAAAUGUGCCAAAUUUAAACUUGUGAAAAUACUGAAUACAUAUAGAUCGCAGUGUUUUGAAGAUGGCGCUGACUGUGACCAGAACUUUUUGAUCGUCGUGAUUGAAACGAAACCUACGGCUACUUUUGAAGCUACGAUGAGUUUGAAAUACAAUGGAAAGAAACUCAAGGGUGCAGUUUUAGAUGACAUUGAAGACAAUGUCGAAAUGAAAAUGUAUAGCGGCAUUAGUCGGCUAGAUGCGUAUGCGCAAACUGCUAAGUGCACGGAUGAUACUUAUUUAAAGUUGAUGUGUCACUGCAAGUAAAAGUGUCAAACAUUUGUAAAGUUUUGUAAUUUAUAUCGUGAUUAUAGUACUUAAGAAUCUACUAAUUUGUAAAUAAAUUAUAUCAGCGAAAA